AUGGAGACGGCACCUAAACUCGAAGAAAAUCUUUAUUCCAUCGCUGAAAAUGGAAGCAAUCCCCAAGAUGUUGAUCAAAGACUCGAUCUUGGUGACAACAAGCACAAAGGAAAAUGGACUGAAGAUGAGGACUGGCUUCUUGGAGCAUUUGUAGAUUUGUUUGGACUUCAAAAUUGGUCCUACAUUGCAACGUUGAUUGAAGGAAAGACAAACAAACAAUGCUGGAAUCGAUGGCAUAAACAUGUUCGACCAGAUAUAGAGAAGGGGCCAUGGAGCAAAGAGGAAGACAUGAUACUGAUUGAAGCUAAUAAAGAAGUUGGAAACAAGUGGACAGAAAUUGCAAAGAGAUUACCACGUCGUACGGAGAACUCGGUCAAGAACCACUGGUAUAAUACUAAGAAGCGUCUAAAUUCCAAGAAGGCUCAAAAUGAAAGAAACCAAGAUUCAAAUGAAGAUUUGCUUCUGAAUUAUAUCAAGGGAAUCAUUGUUGUUCAAGAAGAUGAAAAUGAAAGCAAUAUGGAAAACGACGUUGGUGUUGAUUGUGUUAUGAACAAAAGCUCAGAGAGUGACUUCAACUUUAAAGGUUGGGAUAGUCAAGAAAAGGAUGAAGUUGGCAGCUAUGUCUCAUGGGAUAGUCAAGAAUUAUGA